AGUUUAUGUUAACGUGUAACACUGUGCGGUUUUGCCUAGGGCAUUUUCUAGUUAUUUUUUUCUUUAUUUCAGUGCGUAAUAUAAUAAAAUGAAGAAAAUUCUGCUAUUUCUAAUUAUAGCUUCUUGUGAGUCUUUUGGAAAACCUUCAACGAAAGAUCUUCUGUCGAAAUAUUCUUCAGUGGAUGAAGAGUGUAUAAGAGAAUGUCCAAAAACAAAUCAGUAUGACCCAAUAUGUGGUAGUAAUGGAGUAAGGUAUUGGAACACCGGACAUCUGUAUUGCUCCCAAAGCUGUGGUGUGGAUGUCUAUCCGAUGCAUCCACCACCGUGUUUUUCAAUACCUGUGACAUCAGCAAUGAAGAGCAACAGUAUAAUAGAUGUAGAGCAGUGUAUACGAGAAUGUCCCAGGACAAAAGAGUAUAACCCCAUGUGUGGCAGUAACGGGGUGCAGUACAACAACAUUGGUCAUCUGACUUGUGCUCAGUACUGUGGUGUUGGUCAGUUACCUAUAACUCGUACGAUUAACAUAACACUUGAGGGCCUAUUCUAUUUGUCAUCAAACAGAAAUUUCGAAAGUUAAAUUUCGCUCUCAUAAUAUCGUUACAAUUAUAUCCAUGAAGAUUGUCAGUGCAUCAGAGGCAGUGUUAAGUACUACUUCCGUUACAUUAUAAAUUAUCGAAACAUGCAUUUAUUUGGAGUCGUAUUAGCAUUUCAAUAAUAGACAUUUAGUUUUCGCAGAUAUGUAGAGCCCUUGAAUUGUCAUGUUAUCUCGUACGAAUAGUACUUAUUAUUUGUUAUUUAAAGAUGAGUACUAGAAAGGAGCUCAAUUGGACAGCGGUUAGUUUGGCAGUGUGGCCAUGUGACCAAAAUGAGACAAGAGUGCUAACGUUGUGUUUAAAUUAAUUGAAAAUAGAAAACGACAGAAAGAAGGAAUGUGAGACAGAUUGAUAAAUUAUUAAGGACACUCGAGCGUUACGUCAUGUGUCCGAGGAGGUAUGGGGGGUGGGGAUGGCGCCCCUAGUUUUAAAAAAAGGUUGAGGUAAAUUAAUAGCUCUGUGCACACUUUGCUGACAUGAUCCUAAUGUCCGUUUUCACUAAAAUUAGGAGUCGUCGAAAUCUGUCACCUAAACAUUUAUAAAUUGUAUAAGGUGAAAAUACAAUACAUUUUACCAAUUACUAUGAACCACAGAACGAAAUUAAGGCAUGCGUUAUGCGGAUGCAAUGCGGAGAAAAUGUUUAUUUGGAAUUAAAAUAAUCUUACGCGUUUUCUAGUUAGUCUUAUGCCUUAUUCUAAGUUAGUGAAAAUUCACAAAUUGUUUGUUUCAGACGUGUCGCCGACUCAUCCUGCCCCAUGUCAACUAGGAAAAUGAAACUUUUACGUAAAAUUUCAGUUCAUUUAGUAUUAUAGUCAAUUAACUAAACAUAAGCAUUGUUUGUAGCAAAUUCUGGGUACUAUUUGUCUUUUUAAGCUUAAAUAUAAAAUGCCAUGUCACUUUAUUGUAAUGACUGUUUUAACCAUGUUUUAAAGUCAGUCAUUCAAUAUCCGUUAAAAUUAAUUUAAAUUUUUGGAAUUUAUCAACAAUGAUGAAAUAAAAUAUUAUUUGUAGAAUAAAUAAUUAGAGAGUCGGACAAAUAUUACGUAUAAAUUAGGAUUUACAUAUAACACGUAAAUUUUUGUUACCUUUUCAUCGACUUCAUAAUUUAUUAUAAUUAUUGUUAUUUUUCUUUCUUUUGUAUUACUCAAUCCACAAAACACAGGGGUACUAACUGAAUAUUGACUAUUGUUUAAUUGUGUCUUUGAAUGUUCAAUAAAUUAUAUUUCCUUUUUUAUACAGGCGAAUGUUGAUUU